AUGUCUGAUCAUAAUAAUAAUAAAGAUAAAGAUAAAGAUAUCAGUGAUGAUAGUAAUAAGGAGAUCGUCAAGAGUAGUGCAGAGAAUAACAAACAGAUAAUGAAAUUGUUGACCAAUAUGAAGAUUGAUCCUGAUCAACCUCAUCCAUUCUGGGACACACAACCAGUGCCAAAGAUCGAUAUCGUCGUGGAGAAGAGUGGACCCAUCGAGAUCAAGACAUUAGACGACGUCAGAAAGGAGCCACUGCCACUGCCCGACCUUUUCGAAUGGGUUCAUAUCAACAUCAAUGACAAUGAACAGUUGCAGGAUGUAUAUCAAUUACUUAACGAGAACUAUGUAGAGGAUGAUGAUAACUUGUUUAGAUUUGACUACUCUGUUGCCUUCCUCAAGUGGGCCUUGCAGCCACCUCACUACCUCAAGGAUUGGCAUAUUGGAGUGCGCGUCAAGUCGUCAAAGAAGCUGGUCGGAUUCAUCUCUGGCAUUCCAGCCACGAUCAACGUCGACACAGACAUUGUCAAGAUGGUCGAGAUCAACUUUUUGUGCGUCCACAAGAAGCUGCGCGAGAAGCGUCUCGCCCCCGUUCUCAUCAAGGAGAUCACGCGUCUGGUCAACUUGCAGAACAUCUGGCAGGCGGCCUACACCGCCGGCCUGGUCAUCCCCAAGCCCGUGGCCUCCUGUCGCUACUUCCAUCGCUCGCUCAACCCCAAGAAGCUGGUCGAGUGCAACUUCUCCGCGCUGCCGCCCCGCUGCACCAUGUCACUGCUCAUCCAGCUCAACCGAGUCAACGAGAAGCCCAAGUCUGCGACGAUCCGCCCGCUCACCAAGGAGGACGUGCCAUCGGCCUGCGCACUGCUGAUGACCUACCUGAGCAAGUUUGGCGUGUCGCCCGUCAUGACCGAGGAAGAGUUCUGGCACUGGCUGCGCCCACAAAAGGACGUGGUCAACUGCUACGUCAUCACGGACGCCGCCGGCAAGGUCACCGACAUGACCAGCUGGUACACGCUGCCCUCCUCGGUGAUUGGCAACGCUAAGCACAAGACGCUCAAGGCAGCCUUCUCAUUCUACAACGUGGCCACGUCGGUACCCUUGAUCGACCUGAUGGCGGACGCGCUGCACUUUGCCAAGAAGUCGGAUUUCGAUGUGUUCAACUGUCUCGACAUCAUGGAUAAUGCGACAUUCCUCAAGGAUCUCAAGUUCCAACCUGGCGAUGGCAACCUACAGUACUAUCUCUACAACUACUCCACCCCAACCAAGAAGCCAGCCGACAUUGGACUUGUACUGCUCUAG